UUUACAGGAAGGAAACUGUUCUGUUUUAUUAGCUAAGGAAAUCGAAAGCUAUGCAGAUUUCUGGGAGGAGUCCUCAGUGUUUCAGUAGUACUGUGCCUACCAGACAGCAGUGUGAGACAGUGAGGUGGCUCCAACUAGGGUUAUUUUUCCUGCUGUCUUUAUUUUCUUAGCAUUUCAAAUUACAGCAGCCUCUUGUUCAGUUUCUGAGAGAUUUGCCAAAUUGUCUUCCCACUCACACAAAACAAGUCCUGCCUUGCAGAAGGUCUACAUUCUGGACAUUGCUGAAGAAUUUUCCAGGGAGGAUCACUGAUAAUUUAAAAGAUGGUGAAUGAGUAUAAGAAAAUUGUUCUGCUGAAAGGGUUAGAGAACAUCAGCAACCAUCAAUUUAGAUUACUUAAGUGCUUACUGGCUCCUGAUUUAAAACUGACCAGAAAAAUGCAAGAGGAAUAUGACAAAAUUAAGAUUGCUGACUUGAUGGAAGAUACAUUCCCAAGUGAUGCGGGAUUGAGAAAAAUGAUAGAAUUGUACCAAGACAUACCAGAACUCGAAGAGCUUGCUGAGGUUCUUAAAAAAGAGAUGUUAAAAGUAAAAGGGAAAACCCCAAAGGAAAAAAAGAAGCAAGAAUACGGUUGUGCCACACCAACAUCGACCACAAGCAACACCUUCCCACACAAAGAAGUAGAGACACCCACAGCACAGAAAAGAAAAAACACCAAUAAAGAAAAGACUGAACCAAAAAAGAAGAAGCUGUCUGAGGGGCAGGCUCCUCCUCCCUGUUCUGAAGGAGUCACAAGUAUGUGCCAAGGUCCACACUUCCAGAUCUCAUCACUUGCUCCAUCCAGCGCUUCCCAGGAUGAGAAAACACAGGCCCACCCUCAGCAGUUUCCCAGGAAUAAUGUUCUCCGUAAGGAACCCACGACAGUAAUGGUUCUCAAAGCAACAAACAUAUUUGAUUAUAACCUAUCACAGCAGGGGAUGAAAAAGAUGUUUCAUGCUACAGUGGCUACUGAGAGUCAGUACUUCCAAGUAAAAGUUUUUGACAUCAACCUGAAGGAGAAGUUUACAAAAGACAAAGUCAUAACCAUCUCUAACUACAUCAUGUACAAAGGGAUACUAGAGAUAAAUGAGGCAUCAUCUGUGUCUGAAGAUUAUUCUCACCAAGAGAUUAAGGUCCCCAAUAGUGUCAAGCAAAGAGCAAGUUUAACUCCCAAGAUUGAUCAACUUUACAAGGCAUCAUCUGGAACAAUGGUAUAUGGCUUGUUUAUGUUUAAAAAGAAAAAAGUGCACCACAAGAACACCAUCUAUGAAAUACAAGACAACACAGGAAGUAUGGAAGUGGUAGGGAAUGGAAAAUGGCACAAUUUCAAUUGUGAGAACAGAAAUAAAGUUCGACUGUUUUGCUUUCAACUAAGAACAAUUAAUAAGACACUGAAGUUGGUGUCUACAAAACACAGUUUAAUUAUGGUCACCAAGAGUGGGAAAAACAAGAAAGAAAAAGCUAAUGUUGAUUCAAGUCUGGAAAUUGAAGCAAAAACCCCGUAAAAUGAAUUCGGAUACUGUUUUCCCAGCCAAUAGCAUAAUAUAGUUUAUUAGCACAUU